AUGCUGAAGAACAAGCAUUCACAUUGUUCGUCAUUGGCCAUCUGCGCAAUCCCGAAUAUCGCCAUCGAACCGUUUAUUUUCAGAGAUCGCCUCACCGCAGCUGCCCUCGGCUCGUCCGAUGCGCCAGCCGCCCAAUCACUUGCCGCCGUUGCCACCCGGCACAUCGUCACAACAGCAGUCGCCUUUGCUGGUUUUCGA